UGAACAUCGGCUGGUUCCGCCUCUCUCCUCCCGACCACACUCGGCUGAUCCCGUCACGGAGCGUUCAAGUGGAGGAGGAGAGAGAAGAGGAGAGGAGGAGAAGAAGAGGAGAGCCGAAGAAUACAACAAGUCAACCAUAGUUAAACAUUGACUUCGGACCAUCAGCGGAAAGUGAAAGCGGCGCGACCCCGGCAGCUCAGACGUCGACAGCAGCGUCCAUGUAGAGCCAGCUCUCCCCGGUCUGUGGUGUCAACACACGGCUGGAGUUGUGGCAUUGCGCCGGGAGCGACGGAGCAGAGCAGAGGGAGAGAAAGAGAAAGAAAGAAGGGGCUCUCCUCCCUGUCUGUGGACGGAGAGAGUGUGGGCUCCGGUGGAAGGAGACACGGCGACACCUGAGUGCACGUUACCCGGCCAGUGUUAUAUUACCCAGGAUGUCUUCAAAGCCUCACAGUGCCAAUAACAUCGCCCAUACCCGGCGGAUGGUGCAGCAGCUGAGAAUAGAGGCAAGCAUUGACAGGAUAAAGGUUUCCAAGGCCUCUGCAGACCUCAUGAACUACUGCAGCGACCAUGCGAGGAACGACCCUCUCCUCAUGGGCAUCCCCGCCUCAGACAAUCCCUUCAAGGACAAAAAAACCUGCACUAUAUUGUAGUGGAUGCCACUUAGCCUUUCAUGUGUUUAUUUUUGCUUAUUAAUGUUGCUGUUUGUCUUUGUGUAGGGAGGAGCGAGGGAUUUUCUCUAAAGUUGUAAACAUUGAGGUGUUCUGUGGCUGCACUGUACUAGUAAAGCCAUGUAUUGGUAUUAUUCACUGAAGCGAUUGACCCCGGCACAGCUCGACCUCUGGCCACUGAUGAGACUUUGGCUGCAUGAGUUGUGAUGGCAUCAGUUACAUUAUUAUCGACAGCAGACGUCGUUUUCUGAAUAUGUGAACAGCUCCGACAUUCCUCAGUGGUGGAUUUUGUCCCUAAUCCGUCACACACACAGUCUCAUCACCACUAGGAAGUGACUGUCGUUGCCUGUCGUUGACUGUCGUUCCCUCUGAUUCCAUUCAGUCAACGUUUCCCUCCCAUCCUUGAGAAGUCCUCUCCCAAAAGUAUUUUACAGAUUUGAAUUCAAGGUUUACAUUGAGCUUCUACUCAAUUGUGACCAUUAUGUAUCUUUGAUUGGGUAAAAUCAAAUAAGUAAAUCAAAGUAUUCUGCCAGCCAUCGUACUCUGACUUGUCCACAUCUCAUUUAUUUCACCAGCUUCCUGUCUGUUAUUUGCAGUAUGGUCACCAUGAUACAGUGUUGUCUUCAGCUGGUUCAGUCAAGCAUCAGGUCCCGUAUGAAGAUCUUUGAUCCCUAUGUCCUUUGACAGUGUGUUAGCAUCAUGUUGAAGAAUCUUAAUUUUACGAGAAUAAAAUCAUAAUUUUGAAGAAAGAACCACCCAGACUUGAAGGAAGUUGCCUCUUUUGUGGAGGAGGACAAGGUUCUCCUUUCUGGUUAUGCCUUAAAAAGGUUUUUCUUUAUUCUCAUAAAUUUACAUCUUUUUUCUCGAAAGAUUUCGAGUUUCUUUUCAAUUAUGGCUCUAUUCUCGAAAUCUCUGAAUUUCUUUUCUUCCACAUUGCUCUAAUACUCCGUCGCAGAUUCAGAUUCAAGCCAUUAGGAUAAAAUGACCCGAGUGCUGUGAUGCUGUUGCUACACACAACGUACAGAGUGAAUGAAGCUUUCGUGACAAUGCUUCAUCAUAUUAAUGUAGUGCUUAUAUUUAAUUUCAUGUCUCUCGUCGGCUGUCAUUGUGUAAAGAAGAUCUUGGGUCAAAGCCAAACCAACGAUUCUGCCUUUGAUAACAUUUAAUUGUGCGUCUGAAUAUUUUAAUCAGUUCCCUCUGAUAAGUGUCUGUGGUACGAUAUUUUUAGAAAGCUGACGUGUUACACUGUGAGCUACGAGUACUUCCUCAUCAAAACAAGUGACUUAUCGAAUGUGCAUGUCGUUGUGUUUUUGGUGCAAGUAUUGUCGUCUGUGGCCGUUUCUAUUAAUGAUUAAACCACUAUCUCAAAUUUGUCUUUUUGUUAUGAAAACCGUAACAAUUGUGUCGGUGUGGGUCUUAAAUCUUCAGCCUAACAUGUCCUGAUGUUGAUUUUGCUACAGUGGAAUAUUCUGGAUACUCCGAAUUCCAAUAUCCUUACACUCUAAAGCCUUACUUAUAUUUGCCUUGUGUCAUGAAGGACAAUCUUAAUGGGAAUAUUUUUGUUAAAAUUAAAAAAGAUGUAUUUAAAAUGGGCGGUGAAAGUGAUUUGUGACAAUGUUGUGCCAUCUCUCUCUGUCUACAUGUCACUUUUCAGCAGGUUUGGUAUUGUUGCCUUCUCCACCCUCAGGUCUUCACAUCCGUAAAAUCUAGUGUUAUAACCCAACUGUGUUUUUUGUGAUCUCAUCUCUAACAGUCGGUUCUUUUUAUUGCAAUAAAUCAAGCUUGUACACCUAAAAAAAAACCUGUUUAAAUCUGCAUUUUCAUAAAUGUCUUUAUUAAUACACCGACCUUUGUUUAAAGACUCAUCUAUGAUUGUUAAAGUGAAGCAUUCCUAAAGUACAGAACUGUACUAAUCUCUCAAUAAAGAUGUGUUGUGCUGCACAGUCA